AUGUCCUCACGCUUUGCGCAGAAUAAUGCGCGGUGGAGGAGCAAUCCCAUGAAGUCUGACACGUCCCUUUCCGAAAGUGAACGAUCAUUUGUGUCGGCAGAGUCAGAAAACGCGUCCCAAGAAGAUGCGCGACCAUCGUCAUCAACACAUCACCAUGCGGUCCCGAGUGAUGCCAGCUCCACCUCAUCGAGUCUCCAACCCACGCCUGUAGCGAGACAUUACAUCACAACCUCCCCGACUGCAAGUCGCAAAGCUGCGUCAACAUCGACCCCCGCGACUGGGUCUUAUUUCCCCCUCCAAACCCCUCCCACUGGGUCGGAAGCAAGAUCUCCACAUAGUAAAAGAGCCCCCGCCUCCCGCAGUAGCCACGGCAUAGAAACAAGAUCAGGUCCCCCACCCGCGCUGAUCACACAAAAAUCUUAUAAUGCUGAUCUGCCCUGGGGGAGGACAAAUGGCAACGUUGACUCUGCCUUGAGCCAGAAAGAAUUGGCUAACACAUCAAGACCGACGCGACGUGAAGAGGUGGCCAGACCUAGGAGCAUGGAUGAGACCGCAUCGAUGGCACGAAGGUCGGCUUUGGGGGAAGACGAUGAGGACUCAACUAUUAGGAUUAAUGAGCGUAACGUACAAAUCAAUCGCAACCGAAGCAAAAGCGCACAAGAUCAACAACAGGAGGACCUGUUUUUAAACCUGGCAGAUGACGACUGGGAAGCAAUGUCUCGAGCUGAGAGGCGUCGUUCUCGCGGGAUAGUUACGACCAAAUCGUCUCGUGUGUCAACCUCAGGCCGCCCAAGCACAAGCGGUGGACACUUCCCGAGUCAGCAAGCCUCGACUCGGGAAAUGUAUCCACCAUUAUCGCCUCCCUCCGAGAGAGCUCCUACAUUCAGCUCCUUGGCUUCGCUACGUGCUGAUGUGUCUCGCGACCGUCCUUAUGCUGCAUCUGCACAUCCAUUGGAUCAAAGGUAUCGUCCUCGCUAUUCGGGCUUUAACGCUAGCCCAUCCGUGCCCAUCUCACAACAAGAGCAUGGCAGCCUUGAAAACCAUCACGGUCGGAGACGCUCGAUCAACACUUCGCUAGGGAAGUAUCACUCAUCGCCUCUUUCACAGCGGCCGGAUUCAUCUAGGGGUGAGGAGGAUAUAUCGAGGGCAGGACCUGACGGCAGUGAUUCAACAGUCUCUACGACCGCGCCAUCUACUGUAUGGGAUGAGCUGGAUGAUCUCAAAGCGAGGAUUCGCAAGAUUGAACUUACGGGUAACCUGCCUGCGACUGCCAAUUCAGCUAUCUCGAAUAGUUAUGGAGAGCGUCCCGUCACCGCAUUAACAAACAUGACGACCAUAUCGGGCACUCCCAAAACGCAUCACACCAGUGCUUCGCCAGACUCAUCUAAAAUCUUUGAAUCUGCGGCUACGGACCUUCAUCCGCUCCUGCGCUCAGCUUUGGCGAAAGCGAAGGCUAGUGUUGACGCAGCACUCUACAAAAUUUUGGAAGCCACUGCGAGUGAGGCACUUAUGCUGGCUGCAAUGACAGGCGGAAAAACUCCAAGACCAUCGAGUGCUUCUCAAGCUAGUGCCAGCGCAGUAGACCGCCGAUUACGAUGGAAGGCCGAUAGCAUGUGCCGAAGCCUGACUGAGCUUUGUAUUGCAUUGAUUGAGGUGGUGAAUGGGCCAGAGAAGCGUGAAGGAAAUCCGCUCAAUGGCCGGAACACGAUUAUGUCGAAGGUAGAACAAGUACCGCUUUCGCCCCACACCAAUGAUGAUCCUGAAUUGAGAGCAAGCUCGAGAGUCAUGAGCCGGCUUGAAGCUCGCCGCUCAAGCCUUAGGGGCAUAACAGCACCACGAAGUCCAAGCUCUCCACAAAGUGAAACGUCUUCAUUUGUUCGAGAUCGACAGCUUACUGUGACUAAACCGCACACGACGGCGUCCAAUCUAGGCCGCCGGGAUGAAGACAACGAGAGUAACGUUAGCUGGAGACCCCUUUCUCGAGCAGCAACGGACGCUGGCUCCCAUCGACCGUCUCCACAUACCCGAGCAUCGAGGGAAUACACCUCCCAGCACCCUUUGCCGAGCCUGCCGCAUCCAUCUAAAUCCGCACAGGUUUCUGGCUCUAGUCGAAAGCCGUAUUUCUCAUCGCCAUCUACCAAGCUCACAAACUCCCCAGCGUCAAAAGUGGGAAACGGUCGCAACUCUGAAAGGUCAACUCCUCUGAUUGAUAGUACUCGUCUGGCAGAAGCCCGGCAACGAAGACUCGUAUCUCUUGGCUACUCGUCUCCAAGUAUUGCUCCAAGUCCAGGUCGAAGGGUGCAGGAAGUCGGAAAUGGUCCGGCGUGA